AUGACUUCAGACAUCCCUUUCAGGGAGUACCCGGCUAAGCAACAUGCGUCAAAUGUCGCCAAAUACCUCAAGGACAAGUACCUCACUGAGAAGUACGGCAAUGAGCCCCAUCCGGCCGUGGUGAUCUACCUGGAGGCUCAAAAAACCCGCAUGAUUGAGGACAGCGACGAGGCUAUGCUAUUCAGACAACGUCGUCCCUUCUUUUAUCUCACUGGAUGCCUGCUACCUGAUGCCGCGGUAGUAUACAAUUCGGCCCAGGAUGAACUCACUCUGUUCAUUCCCCCAAUUGAUGAGGAAUCUGUCAUUUGGUCCGGUCUUCCGCUGUCUCCCGAAGAGGCCGCAAAGACUUACAAUGUGGACCGUGUUUUGUUCACAACAGAUGUCAACGCGACUUUGGCGUCGAUCGCCACGACCCACAACGGCAAGACUGCCGCUUUUUCAAUUGCCGGCCGAUUUUCAGAGGGCGUCAGUUUCGACGGCUUCGCCGAAACUAACAUUUCUGCCCUGAACGCCGCCAUUGAGAACACUCGCGUGGUGAAGACGUCGCACGAAAUCGCGCUUCUCCGAAAGGCCAACGAGAUCUCUACCAAGGCUCACCUUGCUGCUAUCGAGGCCGCCAAGACUGCCACAAAUGAGCGCCAGAUUGAAGCUGCCAUCAUCGGCGCUUGUAUUGCUAACGGCUGUCGCGAGCAGUCUUACCAUCCUAUUGUUGCUGGAGGCGAGGGCGGGGCUACGCUUCACUACGUCGGAAAUGAUGUUGACCUCGUCGAUCCCAAGACGAAGCAGCGCAAGGAUAGCGUUCUGAUCGACGCCGGUGGUGAAUAUCAGACAUACUGUGCUGAUAUCACCCGCGUGAUCCCUCUAAGUGGAAAAUUUUCGGACGAGACCCGCGCCAUCUACGAGCUUGUCUUGGAAAUGCAGACAAAAUGUAUCAAUGAGCUCAAGGAAGGCGUGCGGUGGGAUGAUGUACACGCUCUGGCACAUCGCAUCGCCAUCGAGGGCUUGUUGAAACUGGGUAUCUUGCGCGGAUCCCCAGAUGAGUUGUUCGAGAAGAGGGUCAGCGUAGCCUUCUUCCCUCAUGGUCUUGGCCACUAUCUCGGAAUGGACACCCACGAUACCGGUGGUAAUCCCAACUACGAGGACGAAGAUCGCAUGUUCCGCUAUCUGCGCGUUCGCGGCACUUUGCCCGCUGGCUCUGUGGUGACCGUUGAACCCGGUAUCUACUUCUGUCCCUUUAUUAUCAAUCCUGUCCUGAAGGAUCCCAAGACCAGCCAUUACAUCGACUCCCAGGUCUUGGAUAAGUACUGGAGGGUUGGAGGAGUGCGUAUCGAGGACAACAUCCACAUUCGCGAGACGGGUUAUGAAAACUUGACCACAGCGCCCAAGCUGAUUGCAGAGAUUGAAAGCCUAGCAUCAUAG